GGAAAUAAACAACGCGCGCUCCGUCGAUUUCGCUUAAAAAACACAGGAAUAUAUAUAUAUAGUGCCGGGGUCCUAUAUUUUCUGGGUUAAUUUAAAAAAUAACCCUUUUGUGGUUUGAGAUCAUAUUCGCUGGAAAUAUUUUGGAAUUUCCUGGAAUUUUAGUCGGAAGAUUAGCUUGAAAAGGAGAAACCAAAACAAGCGGAAAUAGUUAAUAACAAAGUGCAGUGCAAUUAAAUAGUGAACAACAACAACAACAGAUUGUGCAACCUGCAACAACUUGCAACACACAGGCGACAAAACGGCGUUUCUACCGCAGCGUCGCCUCUUCGGGGGCGGCAAUGUGCAACUGCCCCCCUCGACGACGUCCAUGAAACACCAGCCGCCGCCCCCGCCCCUUCCCCUCAGCCAGCCGCCCCUGAUGGGCGGUGCAGCGGCUGGGGGCGUGGCCAGUGCCAUCAGCAGCAUCAACGGCAGCAGCAACAACAACAAUAACAACAGCGAGACGGUUAAAUGUCGUCCACCCAUUUACCCAAAACCUAAGACGCCCUCGUUCGACAAGGAUCGGGAUUACAUAGGCUUCGCCACCCUUCCAGAGCAAGUGCACCGGAAGUCGGUGAAGCGGGGCUUCGAGUUCACCCUGAUGGUGGUGGGCGAGUCGGGGCUGGGCAAGUCCACCCUGAUCAACAGCCUCUUCCUGGGCGAUCUGUACAAGAACCGGCAGAUGCCCAAUGUGGAGGAGCGCAUCGAGAAGACGACGAAGGUCGAGAAGAAGACGAUGGACAUCGAGGAGCGGGGCGUCCGCCUGCGGCUGACGGUGGUGGACACCCCGGGCUUCGGGGAUGCCAUCAACUGCGAGGACAGCUGGCGGGUGUGCACCCAGUACAUCGACGAGCAGUUCCGCCAGUAUUUCACCGACGAGAGCGGCCUGAAUCGGCGCAACAUCCAGGAUAACCGGGUGCACUGCUGCCUCUACUUUGUCCCGCCCUGGGGCCACAGCCUGCGACAGAUGGACCUCGACUUGAUCCGGCGGCUGCACCGCAAGGUGAACAUCGUGCUGGUCAUCGGCAAGGCCGACUGCCUCAACAAGCAGGAGGUGCGCAAGCUGAAGGAGCGCAUCCUGCAGGACCUGGAGGACAACCACAUCCAGCUGUACCAGUUCCCCGAGUGCGACUCCGACGAGGACGACGACUUCAAGCAGCAGGAUCGCGAGCUGAAGGCCUCCAUCCCGUUCGCCGUCGUCGGCAGCAAUACCAUUUUGGAGGUGGCCGGCAAGAAGGUGCGGGGGCGCCAGUAUCCGUGGGGCGUGGUCAACGUGGAGGAUCCGGAGCACAGCGACUUCAUCAAGCUGCGCACCUUCUUGAUAUCCACGCACAUGCAGGACCUCAAGGACACCACGCAGGACGUGCACUACGAGAACUUCCGGGCGCAGUGCAUCUCGCAGAUUUCGCAGCAUGCGCUCCGUGAGCGGGGAAAGUUGAAGCGGGACUCGAUCAGCUCGACCAACGGAUUCGAUGCCGCCAUCUCGGAGACGGACAGGCUGCUGCUGCAGAAGGACGAGGAGAUACGGAGGAUGCAGGACAUGCUCACCCAGAUGCAGGAGAAGCUCAAGCAGACCCAUCUCAUGGAGAUGAAGAAGAACGACAGCGUGAUCGACGUCUAGGGAACGGGCUAUAGAACGUGUUCAAUUUUGCACCGCGAUAUUUGCAUCUACCUAAUAUAUAGGACCUAUAUGGUAACCCAGAGACAUCCUGGAGCAGCUGCAACCAAAUCGACUUUGUUCAUAAGCUAGCACAGACUUUUUAAACAAACCCAUUGGAUUACGAAAAAAAAAAAAGAUUAAAAUUCAGACAACGACUCCCCGAAGCACAAAGAAAUACGAACAAAAAACAACCAGAACUUCAGACUUCACAGCCUUUUUCAAUUUUGUAGCUAAAGUAACGAUUUAAUGGAACACACAAAUAUCUUGAGAAAUUAGCUAUUGAUCUAUACGAUAACGAUAUUAUACCAAAGUUUAGGGAGUUUCAAAAACUUAACGCAAGUAAAUUGUUAAUAACAAAAGAUCAAGAAACCACAGAGGCACACAGAAAAAACGUUACUGAGAAAGACAUAGACAGACAAAAAAGGAAAAUUUUGGUUUUAUUUAUUUUCAAGGAU